AAACCCAAACUAACAAGCAACACAUUGCAUUAAUAAGCAUUAUAUUAUUUUUCAACAAGUUUUGGACUCUCUCUCUCUCUGUUCCCAUUUCUUCACCCUAUCAACCUCAUCCCUCAUCCCUCAUCCCCUCUUUCGUUACAAACACUUUAAAAACCCCACUCCAACUUUACCCAAUUACCAUCCUCCUCCACCACCACCACCACCACCACCAAUGGCUUCAGAAACUCCAAAUCCACCAUUCCCAAUCAAAACAGUGGUGGUUCUAGUCCAAGAGAACCGCUCAUUCGACCACAUGCUCGGUUGGAUGAAAUCCUUAAACCCACAAAUCAACGGCGUAACCGGCUCCGAAUCAAACCCUCUCUCCACCUCCGACCCCGGUUCGAACCGCCUCUUCUUCGGCCAAAACUCCAUAUACGUGGACUCGGACCCGGGUCACUCCAUCCAAGCCAUGUACGAACAAAUCUUCGGCCAACCAUGGACUCAAAACUCCGCAUCCCAAAAUCUCCAACCCACUAUGCAAGGUUUUGCACAGAAUGCAGAGAGGACACAGAAAGGGAUGUCGGAGACGGUGAUGAACGGGUUUAAACCGGAGUCAGUGGCGGUUUACAAGGAGCUGGUGGCGGAGUAUGCGGUGUGUGACCGGUGGUUCGCGGCGGUGCCUGCGUCCACGCAGCCGAACCGGUUGUUUGUGCACUCUGCGACGUCGCAUGGGGCCACGAGUAAUGAUACCAAGAAGUUGAUAGAAGGGUUUCCUCAGAAGACUAUAUUUGAGUCCUUGGAUGAAGAGGGUCAUAGCUUUGGAAUCUACUAUCAAGCCCCUCCAGCCACACUUUUUUACAGGUGAUUGUAUAUGAUCAUUCUGCUCAUUAAUUUUUUUUUAAUGAUUAAAAUUUAUAUAUAUAAAAAAUAAAAAUAAAAUAUUGGGACAAUUAC